CAACAUAUAAAAAUAUGAGACGAAAGCCAACAAGAGGGAUUAAGUUGAGAAAUAACAAAGCAUUAAGCCAUCAGAAACAAGAUGUGGUUAGUUCAACCAAUCCGUCUUUUAAUAUUCCUUGGAGUAUGUGUUGUUAUUAUAGGGAUGUUUCUCGAAGUAACGGAGGCUAGAGGUUUAAUGAAGCAACAAUCUCAAAACACCAAGAGACGCCAAUCUAUGCUUGGACGGAAACGAAAGGCCAUGAAUAAGAAAAGUAAGCAAAUGAAAAAACAGAAAUCUCGGCAAAGAAAUAAAAAGCAACCUGCACGUCCCAAACCACCAAAGGCGAAAGCACCAGACAAUACGAAAAUAAGUGUAUACAAGUGUCCAUCUGAGGCAGUGGAAAUGAAUUGCCUGAGCUGCAGAACCAAGGUUUACAGAAAAUGUCCAAUCGCUGGAGCAACUAAAAUAACACGGGUCCAGGUUAUGAAGGAAUAUCCGAGUUCGUAUGAGAAGUGUAACGUUGGAAGAAGGGAGAACUUUGGAAUCGAGGAUGAUUCGAAUAUUUGGGUUAAUUACGGCUGCAGAGCUAAGUUUCUGGUUUGCUAUGAGAAAGUGCGCGGGAAUGUUGGUAAACACGAACCAAAAACCAUAAACUGUAUGUGCACCACAUCCAAACACAAGUGUCCAACAGGUCUUCAAGGUAUUCGACUGAAUAUAGAUAUCAAGGUCACUAUUCUAUGGAGUUUUGGUACCCAAAAAUGCAGAGAAGGGCAGAACUGGGGCUACAACAAGGAUGACAUCUGGGUUGAUCAUGGAUGCAGUGCUACCUUCAGGGUAUUGUGGUAACGGAACCUAACGUUUACAUUCAGAGCUGAAAUAUCCACAUAGUUACAUAGAUGUCCUAAAUCUCAUAAAUAUAUCUAUGUAUCAGUGUAAUAAAGACAUUGCU